CACAGCCAAUCUCUUCUACCAACCACUCCACUCAUGGAGCUCCAAUUCCAGCAACAAAGGCACCAGCAGCACCGAGUCCCAAUCUCCAAGCCUACCAAGUUCAAAGGGAGGACCAAGAGCAGCAGCACCAAAUUUGUUGGUGUGAGGCAAAGGCCAUCAGGUAGAUGGGUAGCAGAGAUCAAGGAUACCACACAAAAGAUUAGGAUGUGGCUUGGUACCUUCGAGACCGCCGAGGAGGCAGCCCGAGCGUACGAUGAGGCCGCCUGUCUCCUCCGAGGAUCCAACACCCGCACCAACUUCAUCACCCAUGUCUCCACGGACUCCCCGAUAGCAUCGAGGAUUCGCAAACUCCUCGAUCACAAGAAGCUCAGCAAAAUUGGAUCUCAACCUCAACAUACAACCAGCAAUUCUCAAAGCUAUUGCGCCUCUACUCCUGCCACUAGUCUUAGUACUAGCACUAGUUCAAGCACUAUCACAACUGAAAGCAGCGGUAGUACUAGUACUGCUGCUCUUGUUCAUGAUAAGAAACAAGACAUACCAAUAACUAAUGAAGUCUACAGACCAUGUUUCAGCAAUGGUGCAGAAGAACUCGAAUGGAGGUCUUCACCAUCAGAUAAUAAUUCAUGGUUAUUUGAAUCUGGAUUCGACCGUUGGUUUGAUGGAUUUGAAUUGCCUGAUGCAAGUUCAGAGCUGUCAGAGUUUGAUAGAAUGAAGGUGGAAAGGCAGAUAUCGGCGUCGCUCUAUGCGAUGAAUGGAGUUCAGGAGUACUUGGAGACAGUGCGUGAUCCCUCUGAUUCUUUAUGGGACCUUCCCUCUAUAUGUCACUUGUCCUGCAGGACUUGGUAGUUUGGUCUUCUACUCCUCUUCUUCUUCUCUCUCUACUUUUUUCUUUCUUUCUUCCCUGAAAACACUUUGUGGUUCACUUGUGUGGAGAUAUCUUGAUGAGUAGGGGUUGUAAUUCAGAGAAGAGUAGUUUUUAAAGUAGUGGAAUGUAUGAAUUCAUUUUCAUCUGUCAAUGAAGAAAGAAUAUCCAAUUUCAUUUUUUGGUGUUGCA